AUGGUACAGACCGGCGUGCGACAGCCAAAAUGUGUCCUUCCACCGGCCAUCAUCCGAGGAGCAUUUGCCGAAUUCCGAUCAGUUGACAAGCAUCGCUCGCCAUGACCGCACAGUCGCUGCGAACGUCCUUGGGCAGCAACGGCCACACCGUCGGUGACACUUGCAUUGAUCUGUACGCGGAGCGGGUCAUGAUCCCUCGAAUCUCGCUCUUCUCGCUGCUCACGGGGCUGUCCGUACUCGCGAUUCUCUUUGUCCGGCACCGCCGGCGACGCACCCGCCAGUCGGCUAAACUGUUGCGUGAAAAAGUCGUUCUCGAGUCCUCGGAAGACCCGCACACCAGCCGCAAAAGGUGGUUCGCCUGCUUUCUGGCAACUACGGUGGCGUGGAUCACCAUCUUCCUCUGCACUUUUCACUCGUCCACUGCGAAGCCCACGUCCAUGAGUGCAGCACAGGCACGACCUCGAACUGUCUUCAGCUUUACGACGACCCCACGGGGCAUCGACGAGAUGAAGCCGACGGUGGACGCACUGGUGAAUCAGGAAGGCGACGGCUUCGACGCCGUGUACGUCAUCGUUCCACGGACGUACCGAGACAAAGUGGUGGAUAUCCCCGCCUGGUUACUAGCCGACGCGUCGACGUUGAACCGAACCGAGUUCCGUGGCAUCCCAUUCGCUAUCGGACUGAGUCCGUAUCACCACAAACUGCGGCUGAUCGUGCUGGACACGGACUUUGGACCGGCGAGUAAAGUACUGGGGACGCUGUUGGUAGAACAAGACCCCGAGACGAUCAUUGUAUACGGCGACGACGACCGGAUCUACCCGCCCCAACUGUGUGAACGGGCGCUGCACUAUACGCACAAGUAUCCGAACGACGCAAUUGCCGUACUGGGUGGUUGGAUAUCGGCUGAGGACGGACUGUACUGUGGACGCAGCCUCGCAAUCGGUGUCAAUAGCGUGUCGUUCGUAGGAGGAGCAGGUGGUGUUGCCGUGAAGCGGAAGUUUUUCGGAAUGGAGGAGGCAACUAUGCCAGCAUUCGAGGUGGCAAAUAUGUCCAAGGCGUGUUUUCUGGGUGACGAUUACUAUCUGUCGCACUUGCUGAGCCGUAACGGGGUGCGUCGCCGGCUUGUGGCUGAUAGUUGCUGGAACAUCGAGACGCUCACGGAAUCGUUCUCGCACGGUGGACUAUCGUACGCGCCGUCGGAACACCCAGGGGGAGCCAAUGUAGAGCACUACCAGCAGUGCAUCCGCGAACUUGGCAAGGACCAAGAUCUCUCUCGAGACGGUGAGUUCGGAUCGGUCUGCAUGUUCCUGUUUUCUCGCACGUGGGGAGCGCUUCGAGGGUUGAGAAAUCUCUACUUUGGUGGUGAAUUCGUGUCGUGCUGACGGAGUCAAAUGCGCGCGCGUGUACAAUUAGCAGUAGUUUUCACAGGGAUAAAGUCAAAGAAGUUAGUUUUAACAAAUAAUAUAAGCCACGACGCUGGGAUCAUACGAGGAUAACUAGAAAUUGUGACCUCGAUUUCGUGGUGCCCAAUUUCAGGUCCAACCGAAUGCCACC